GAGCGCGUGUUGCGCCGGACGCGCGCAGACACGCUCGUGUUCAGACGGACGGUGUUUGUUGGCGGUGGAAGAGGCUCCGCAGAAGUUUCGUUUGAUCAGUCGGUGAUCUGCUGCUGUUACCGGAGGAGCGCGAGCUGAUCUUCAGUCCGUCACCGGUGUGUGUGUCAGAUGAGCUGGUCAUGGGUGAAGCGUUCACACACAAGGAGCGUUGCGGGAAACACCUUCGUCUGCUGCUCUUCAUACUGCUGCCGUGUGUGUGCGGCCUCGUGUGUGUAUGUGUGCUGCUGCUCACGCUCACAGGUUUAUUUGGGAAUGGUCUGCUGGAUGCUGGAGGUUCCAUCGCCAUAGCAACACUUACCCCCCUCACCCUCCUGACUGACGGGCACUUUAACGACACGCUCACCGACCCCAGCCCGUCGAUGGAUGAUAACGGAACUGUGUCAUCAAGGCAGGUCAUCCUUACAAGCCCCGCCCCCCCAGCGUGGGACUCCGCUCAAUGGAUGCCUCGUGCUGAUACCUCUUCUUCCUCCACCUCAGAGGGUUCCUCCACCACGGGCUCUGCGGAGUGGUUGACAGUUGUCUCCACGGCAACAAGCAUGAACGCCGAGUCUGGUUCCUGCUCUGACAUCACAGAGAGUCAGUGUCACAUGUUGCCGUACAAUCAGAGCGGCUUGUUGCCGGGGAUGACGGUCGUCAAGAGCAGUGAGCUGCAGAUGUUCCUAAAGUUCUUCAGUUAUCUGAGUCGCUUGUCCUGCUACAGACACAUCAUGGUGUUUGGAUGCUCCAUCGCACUCCCACAAUGCAUCAGCCAUGGAAACCACAGGACUCUGGUGCUGCCAUGUCAGUCAUUCUGUGAAGCGGCACGUGAAGGUUGUGAACCCGUGCUGCAGAUGUUUAAUGCGUCCUGGCCGGAGUUCCUGCGAUGUUCUCAGUUCACCAAUAACAGCGGAGCAGCUGCCGAGAACACACCAGUGUGUUACACACCGCGACACGCCAGAGGAAAACUCUCAAUGUGCGGAGGAAGUGACAGCUUCCUGUGUGCAAGUGGAAUAUGUGUCCCUCGGAAACUUGUGUGCAACGGAUACAACGACUGUGACGACUGGAGUGAUGAGGCUGAUUGCACCUGUGCAGACGAUCAGUAUCCAUGUUCUACCGGUCGCUGUGUCAGUUCGGAUCUCCUGUGUGAUGGAUACGACGACUGCGGUGAUCUCAGCGAUGAGCAAAACUGUGUGUGUGACCCUGCAAAAGAGCAUCACUGUGGAGGAGGACGCUGUGUUCCUAUAGACUGGCUUUGUGAUGGAGAUCAUGACUGCCUGGACAAAAGUGACGAGCUAAACUGCUCGUGUAAGUCUCAGGGUUUAGUGGAGUGCAGGAAUGGUCAGUGUAUUCCCAGUGCCUUUCGCUGCGAUGGUGAAGAUGACUGUAGAGACGGCAGUGAUGAAGAGAACUGCACACAUCAAAACUCUCAGGGUUUGUGUCCUCCUGGUCAGCCCAGCUGCAUUUCCACGUCCUGCUCAUCUGAUUGUCAUGGAAACGCUACCUGUGACCUCCGCAACACCGGCAGUAACUGCAGUGGCUGUGAGCCCAUCUCUCUGGAGAUCUGUAUGAAUCUACCCUACAACUUCACCAGGUUUCCAAACUAUCUGGGUCACCACUCGCAGAAGGAGACGUCCGUGAGCUGGGAGUCGUCGCUCUUUCCUGCUCUCGUUCAGACCAACUGCUACAAAUAUCUCAUGUUCUUUGCGUGUACAGUGCUGGUGCCAAUGUGUGACCCUAUAACACAGCAGAGAGUGCCACCCUGCAGGUCUCUCUGCCAUAGUUCAAAGGAGCGCUGUGAGUCAGUGCUAGGGAUUGUGGGAUUGCAGUGGCCUGAGGACACAGACUGUGCUCAGUUUCCAGAGGAAGGACAAACAAACACUUCCUGUCUGCUUCCUGACCCCGAUGUGAAUGAGUGUUCUCCCAGUCACUUCAAUUGUCGUUCGGGGAGGUGUGUACUCUCCUCCAAACGCUGUGACGGACACACAGACUGUGAUGAUGAUAGUGAUGAAGAAGCAUGCGGCUGUGUGGAGCGAGGAUUAUGGGAAUGUCCUGGAGACAGAGCCUGCAUCAAUCACAAGAUGAUCUGUGAUGGAUUCCCAGACUGCAGCCUGAUGGAGGACGAGCACAACUGCUCCAUGUGCAGCAGUCAUGAGCUGGAGUGUAGUAAUCAUGAGUGUGUUCAUCGCUCGCUGUGGUGUGAUGGCAGGAAGCAUUGUUCUGACAGCUCUGACGAGUGGAACUGUGUGUCUCUGUCUGAAGGGGGUUUGCUGGUGGUGUAUAAAUCCGGGAUGGAGUAUCAGGUGUGUGCAGAUGGAUGGAGCUCAAACCACAGCAGCAUCACAUGCACACAGAUGGGUUUAGGUUCUCCUCUCUCCACAGAAAUUGUUCAGGACAUGUCGUUGUCUGCUGUUCGGAGGCGCUGGCUCCACAUCAACCCACACUGGAGUGAACACGACAUCAUACCACUGCAGAGCAUGCUGGGAAAGAGAGGGCAGAGCUGUCAAUCACACAAGUCAAUCUCACUGCAGUGUGCUAAAGACGAAUGUGGGCGUCGGCCCGCAGCUCGGCUGGUGAAGAGGAUUCUGGGAGGGCGUACGAGUCGGCCGGGCCGUUGGCCGUGGCAGUGCUCCCUUCAGAGUGACCCGAGCGGACACAUCUGUGGCUGUGUGCUGAUCGGCAGGAAGUGGGCCCUCACGGUAGCGCACUGCUUUGAAGGGCGCGAGAGUGCCGACGUUUGGAAAGUCGUUCUUGGCAUCAAUAAUCUGGAUCACCCGUCUCCGUACAUGCAAACACGGCGAGUCAAAAGCAUCAUCCUUCACUCGCGAUACAAUCGUGCCGUCGUGGACUAUGACAUCAGCGUGGUGGAGCUGGAGUCAGAGGUGGAGGUGACCAGUUAUGUCCGACCCAUCUGUCUACCGGACCGCAGACAACUACCCAAACCUGACAAAUACUGCCACAUCACGGGCUGGGGACACGUGGGCAGCAGAAUGCCGUUUAAGCUGCAGGAGGGCGAGGUGCGCAUCAUUUCUGUCUCUCAGUGUCAGUCGUACUUUGAUAUGAAGACCAUCACAUCACGGAUGCUCUGUGCCGGAUACGAGGCGGGAACCAUCGACUCGUGCAUGGGUGACAGUGGAGGGCCACUGGUCUGUGAGGAAGAUGACGGCCGCUGGUCUCUGUAUGGUUUGACCUCCUGGGGCUCCGUGUGUUUCUCUAAGGUCCUGGGCCCUGGUGUCUAUGCAAAUGUCACUCACUUCACUGAGUGGAUCGAGAGACAGAUUUACCUGCGCACAUUUCAGCUGCUGUAGGUUGAACACACACACACACACACACACAGCUGGAGAUGAGCUGCUCUCUCACCUGCAGAGUGGAAAACGAAUCUGUGAAUGAACUUCACUGAUCAUCCCAGCAAGAUAAGUGUGUGUGUGUGUGUGUGUGUGUAUUACAUUGUGUCCUAACCAGACGUGAUGUCACAACACUGAGAUAAACACACUGUUCUGAUGUUAUUCAUGUGGAGGAGGUCCUCACCGCUUCACCCAGUGUUACUCGUUGGUUUAAUGGUGUCUGUUUCACAGAUCGCGUGUGUGUGCAGCAUCAUCAGUGUAACUGCAGAUCUAUUCACAAUAUAUAACGAUUUAUUCAUAAUUAUCAUAAAUGAUCAAGUGGUUAUCAGGAGUGGCUCAUUGAGAAUUAUUACAAACUUGAUCACAAUAAAAUCUAAUUUACAUGUAGAGAAGGGUCAAAUUUACACCCAAAUGAUAUGUGUGUGUGUAGCGUGUGUGUGUGUGUGUAGCGUGUGAGUGUAGCGUGUGAGUGUAGCGUGUGAGUGUAUGUGUGUGUGUGUGUGUGUGUGUGUGUAGCGUGAGUGUGUGUGUAGCAUGUGUAGCGUGUGAGUGUAGCGUGUGUAGCGUGUGAGUGUAGCCUGUGAGUGGGUGUAGCGUGUGUGUGUAGCGUGUGAGUGUGUGUGUAGCGUGUGAGUGUGUGUGUGUAGCGUGUGUAGCGUGUGAGUGUAGCGUGUGAGUGUGUGUAGCGUGUGAGUGUGUGUGUGUAGCGUGUGAGUGUGUGUGUGUAGCGUGUGAGUGUGUGUGUAGCAUGUGAGUGUGUGUAGCGUGUGAGUGUGUGUGUGUAGCGUGUGAGAGUGUGUGUGUGUAGUGUGUGUAGCGUGUGAGUGUAGCGUGUGAGUGUGUGUGUGUAGUGUGUGAGUGUGUGUAGUGUGUGAGUGUGUGUGUGUAGCGUGUGUAGCGUGUGAGUGUAGCGUGUAGCGUGUGAGUGUGAGUAGCGUGUGAGUGUGUGUGUGUAGCCUGUGAGUGGGUGUAGCGUGUGUGUGUGUAGCGUGUGUGACUUGCAUCUAGACUGACAGACGUCUGUUUUCAGUGGGUGAGUAGUUCUUGACAGUAUUUUAUAUUGCUUAAUGAAAGCCUAUAUUGUGUUUAAUUAGUACAUUUUAAAUGUGUAUUCUGCUAGAAUCAGUGUUCAGUGUGAUGCAGAAAUGAAUAUAGUGUCCAUCGCUGCAGGCGUGUGAAACAGUGUUCUUUUACCGCUCAUCACUUUUCCCACAGCAUUUCCUCUGCUGCUAUUGGUGGGUUCUGUAAGAGGCGGGACUGUUGAAACCUCUCAACCAAUGAUAUUCUCUCUUUAGUGUUGUUGAUGACAUCAUUGCUUCUUGUGUUCUCAUGUGGGUCUCUGGUGUGUUAUCAGUGUUAUUGUCAUAUUCACACAGUUCUCGUGAAUGCUUCAUAAGAAUGUAUCAAUUCUGCAUUUAAGUGCAACAUUCCGUCUGUUUGUAUUUUUUAAAGAAUAUUUUUCUACAAUUUUUGUGCACAUAAAGCUGUAAAUCUGAACUGUGAUGUACUAUGUUUUUAAUGCUCUGUAAAUAUAUUACACAUGUAUGUAAAAAUAUAAAUGCACAUUAAAGAUUCCUAUCUAGUAAACGAAUCCUUCUUUGUUCAGUCUGUAAAGACCCGUCUGUCACGCAUCAGUUUUCAUUUCAAAUCUUUUAACGUUAUCUAGUUCUAACAAAAAAUAAGAUCUGUGCCUUUAUUGCUUUAUCGACAGUGUUUGUGUUAUAAUGUUUCUUUAAAUGUGUGUUCCAGUGAGACCCUUAUA